AUGAGGAAUACAACCAUUUACUCGUCUUCUCUAUGGAGAGCUGAUUCAUACUUAAGUGAUACUGGCUAUAAACCUUCAUUAGAAUCGUUUCCGUUGAGUCCACUUUCCGGUUCUUCUCUCGUCACAUUAGCUUCAAUCGGAAAGAUUAAUGAUUCGUCUCGACCUGAACAUGGCAGAUUAAUGCAGACGCCUUUGUUUCAAACAGAGAUGAACGACAGUGAUGACUUACGAAAAUCCAUUGAUCCUCGUUUUCAUAUGCUUCUAAAAAGAACUCAAAUAUCUGCACAUUCGAUAGAACCGACGGUAGCAAAUCUAUCGAAUAUCCAGCAACCUUCACAAGCAUGGGUAAACAAUGAAAAUGAGUCUCAGGUUUCAAAGAUCAAGUCGAAACCGGCUUCCAGAGUGUAUUUGGUUAGCAAAACUGGGCAGCAAAUAUGCUCGACUCGCUGUCGAUCAAUUGCUAUUGCUACAUUUAUCUUUCUUAUAUGCGUUUUGUUAAUCGUCCUCCCAUUAGGGAUUGUUUAUGGUUUGGCUAGUAGCUCCGAUUUUUCAACAUCGAUAAUUUCAACAAUGAUAACAACAACAACAACAACAACAACAAACACUACUACUACGACGACUACAACGACGACAACAACCACUACCCCUCCGGCUACAGCUUGGAUUCCAAGUAAUUAUGGUACGCCUUGCUCAAGCACAUGCAUCAAUGUAACUACAGUGACUCCGUCGACACUCAUUGCAUCGUGGACAUUCGAAAUGAAUACAAACGAUGUAUCAGGUCAAGGACAUAAUGGAAUAAUUGCAAAUGGAGCCGCAUUUUCAACAGGCUAUGUGGGCCAAGCUCUACUUCUUGACAGUUCUUUAGCUCAGUAUAUCUUUGUACCAUAUAUCGAUUUGACAUUGAAAAGUUUCACUGUCGAAAUGUGGAUCUAUUCAUUCACAUUGAGCUCGUUAGAUUUAAGCCUUUUCGGCGAAUGCGAAACCCGUAGUAUUGAUCAAUGUCUCCAUUAUAUCAUUCGAAACUACAAAGUAUACAUGGGCUUCUAUGGGGAUGAUCUCGUCGGUGUAACAAAUCUGACCGCUGGUCGUUGGUAUCAUAUAGCUUAUGUUUAUGAUUUUGUUAACAACGUACAAUCGAUAUACUUGAAUGGAUUAUUAGAAGCAAGUAGAGUACCGAUCUCGUCAUAUAUGGGGCAAAAUGGUAGUGCUGCAUUUGGUAUAACGGGAGAAACUGGAGCAAACUACUAUAAUGGGCUGCUCGACCAGAUAAGGAUUACAAAUCGAGUUAAAAUAUCGUGUGAAAUACUAAAUGAUGCAUCACUGAUCACGCACUACCCGUUUGAUGGUUCUGUUGUGGAUAUUGGGCCCAAUAAAAUCACUGCUAGAACUACUGUACAGGGAAACAGUGGUAUUAGUUGGGUGAUGGGUAAGGUCAAUCAAGCAAUCAACUUCAAUGCAUCAAAUUCUUAUUUUCAGUCAUGCGGCUUUUGGGCAUUAGGCCAAAAUCAACCUUAUUCUAUUGCUCUGUGGAUUAAUCCAUCAUCUCUAGGUGGUACACUUUUUCAUUUAUCGACAGACGCUACAGGCUCAGGUGCCUGGUGCCUCCCAAUGAUUGGAUUCAGUUCGAAUGGAUCAAUUGUAGGUCAAACUUGGAAUGGCAAUACUUUUGUUGUAAUUGCACCAAUACCUCCAAUAAAUGCAUGGACUCACAUUGUGCAAACAUGGAGUUCGACUAAUGGGUUGCACCUGUAUAUCAAUGGUGGAUUGUAUGGCUCGAUAAAUGUUCCCGUGUUCGCAGCUGCAGGUGCUUCAAUGUGUGUAUUGCUAGGCAAUAGUGGAUUAGGAAUCAACUGUCAAACAGGUCAGAUUCUAAUGGGUCCAUAUUCAGGAGCAAUUGAUGAAUUUUAUGUCUACAAUCGUGAACUGCUUGCAUCUGAAGUGUGUCCACUUGCUCAUCCAUGA